UGGUCUUUUAUUUUACAGUAUUGAUUGUCAUGUUCAUUUAUUAAAUUCAUCCAAAGAUAUGGGAAAGCACGGCUUGACCAUAACAUAUUUAAAUAAUCGCAAGGUAUAUGCGCCUGGUGAUUAUGUGCAGGGUGCCGUUGAGGUGGAACUCAAAAAACCAAAGAAAAUUAAAAAAAUUAAAGUCAAUGCUGUCGGAGAAUCAAUCAUAAAAUUGAAGACUCCUGAUGGCAAACAACUCAGAAAUCAAGAGAAAUAUUUUCAUUUUACAUUUGAUGUGUUUGCAGGUUCAGAUCAUGAUAUUCAGGCUGGUCAGCACAGGUACCCGUUUCAAUUUCAGCUGAAGCAAGCUUUGCCAACGUCUUUUGAAGGAAAUUAUGGGCAUGUACGAUACAGUAUUAAAGCAGUUGUUGAAUAUCCUGGAAUAUUAUCAUCACGAGACAAAUGUUUAUCAGCAUUCACAGUAUUGGAUACUGUUGAUUUGAACAAUAUGCCAUCAUCAAGGACUCCACUAAGAAUACAUUGCGAAAAGAAAGCAAGUGGAAUGUGUUGGUGGAAAAAGGGCGCAGUUACUGUUGAUAUAGCUACUGAAAAAACAGGAUAUGUUGCCGGUGAAUUCAUUAAGGCGAAUGGAAUCAUUGUAAAUGGGAGGUCACGACCUAUAAAAUCAUUAAAGGUGGAGCUAUGGCAGUUGGUUACAUUCUUUGGGAGAUUAAAAAAUUCAGCUCCAAAUUCUGCUAUCAUUACACAUGAAAUGUCUAAGGCUGUUUCAACAUGGACAAUGUCAUCUGCCAUUGGUGGCGAUGGUGCAGAGAACUGGCAGAAUAAACAGCUGAUGCAAAUCCCACCAUUGAUUCCGUCUGGUUUAAGAAAUUGCUCAGUUAUUGAUGUGCAAUAUUAUUUGAAGGUUGUGAUGAUUGUUCCGGGUGGCGUGGGUGGAUCAGAAAUAUCUGGUCGUAGCAACUAUCUAACAAUAGGUAGUGUUCCGUUGAUGACAUCACCUCCACUUAGACCACCCCCGCCUGCAGUAUCAUAUUCUGCACCUCAAGCAGUAGCAACUGCUCCACCCUUGGAAUUUUCUGUUGAGCCGAGCGCACCUCCACCUGCUUAUGAUCCAGGAGACAGUGCUUUUGCAUCUGUGCCAUUGCCAAGCUAUGAAGAAGCAGUGACAGGGGGAGCUGCUUUGGUUGACGAUGAUCUGGAAACAUCUGAGAUUAAUGAAGAAGAUGUCAGAACACCUGAUACUAGCUUCACUCCGCAGUAUGCAUUUUUUGAUUUCAGUCAAACUACUACUGCAACAGCACCUUUGGCUGUGAACUAGAGCUCUGCGGAAAUUGAUUGGCGAUAUAUCAACUGAUAUAUAUACCUCUGUGUUGUAGUGGGAUGUAAAUACAUGACAUCUGGCUCUGGAGGAUUGCUUUAUAUAACCAUAGAGGCCACACCGCUGUAGUGGAACAAUUUUAGUGUCACAUGCACUGCUCUAGAUUGGAGUGCUGGUAUCAGUGGGCCACCCUCUAUUGUCGUUUAAUAUAACGUCACUUAAACGUGCGAAUACCGCGACAGUGGAGCCUUUAGUGUCAACCUUAAUUAGAUCGACUGAACAGAUGGGGCCGUCAAAACGUGUCACAUCGUUAACGCCCCAUUUGUUUAGUCGAUCUAAUUAAGGUUGACACUACAGGCUCCACUGUCGGGGUAUUCGCACGUUUAAGUGACGUUAUGUUAAACGACAAUAGAGGGUGGCCCACAGAUACCAGCAGGAGUGAUGUCCAACCAAUGUGUUUAUUACAGUCAGAUACAUCCUCUCGAGUUUUAUCAUUUUCUUGGUGUAAUAGUGGUUUGAUGUGCUGUUUUAGCUUUUUGUAAUGCCCAACUAACUUUUCUAUUGUAUUAUACUGAAUUAUAAAUUUUUUUUUCUAUAAUCAUGUUGAUCUGUCAUAGCUUUUACUGCAAUGUUCUAAUUUUUGUUUGAUGAGCAAGGUAUUGCUGCUAAGUUGUGGUGUUGCCUGUUGAAUUAUGUUAUAAUGAAUUUAUUUCAAGUAUUUUUCGCAAUAUUUUUGCUUGUUUUUUACAUUUUCUACUUCCAGUUUCUUCACCUAAAUGAAUGAAUUUUCUUCUUUAAUCGCUGCUGUUUACCUUCAUAGAGAUUAAUGUUACAGCGUAGAUUUAUGAUUGGACUUUUAGUCUUAUUGAUUAACACAGUUUGAUGAGGGGACUGGUACGCCCGAACCAGAUGUUUUGACCAAUGGGAGUAGAAUUAUAACAUAAUUGAUUCAAUGUAAAUGUCGGACAAGGUUGUACUCUGCAGAGCAGUGGUUUAAAACUGGAGUUGCCAGUUUCCAUUUAAAUUCGGAAGUAGUAUAUUCGAGUCUGUAACAUCAAAUACUUAUUAUGCUACACAUCAAAGCGCUUUAUUUUGCCAGUAUUAGGCUUGCAUUCAUGUAUAUUUAUACAAUUCAAGCAAAGGGUAAUUGGACAAUCUCCAUCAAAAAAAUUGAAAACCACUGCUGUUGGGGAUGGUUUGAAGUCUUCCUGCUUACAAUAUUUGAGAUUGUGAUUUUUGCCUAGGUUAUUCCUUUUCACCUCUGUAGUCUCUGCUAUUCUUAGUAGUUUGAAACUGUAUAUAGUUCAUUUCUUUCAAGUUUCUAGUUAAAAUUGUCAUUGCGAUGGAGAAAACAUCUGUAUUUUAACGAAGAUUGAACACAACUACCGGUUCCUAUAACAGCAAAAAAUGGCUUUUUUAUUCCACUAUCAGAUUGACCAAAACUUUUAUCUAUAUCUUUUAGGUGCCUUCACACUUAAUUCCAGUUAGUACACGCUUGUAAUCAUUCCUUAAUAUUUCUUGCCCUUCAUCACUUAUUAUAGCAAUAUAUAUAUAUGUCAUAUUUACUGAUCUUUACUCCUGCAUUCUUUCUUGUAAUAAACUAAAUGUAUAGA